CUAAUCAACAAAAGGCAACUAUCUCAGCGUACCCCAAGAUACAUUGCCGUGUUCCAAAUAUUAUUCAAUCUAUAUGUUCUCAUCUUAUUUGUAAGAUGUUUGGUUGUAUGAUUCCGGAUUAUAUCCAGGAUAAUAACAAUGCUUUGAAUAUGAUUUUACUGUUGGUUUUCUUGAAUACAUUUGAAGUGGAAGGUGAAGGUGAGGAUAUAAAUGAACAGAACCCUUCAGGCGGAUUUUCACCACGUCAUGGCUUUGGAGGAGACUGUGAGCAUGAACAAAAAAUGAUGGAUCCAAUGUAUCAGUAUCUUCAGCCCAAUGACGUUGCCAGUGGGGAAUACGAUUUUCCUGGGGCGGAAAUGAAUGCAACGUUAUGUGCAAGACCUUGCAAGAGGAAUGAUCCGAAAAUAUGUUACUACAAGUUCCAUGUUGACCGUUUCGUGACAAUGGGAUUGCCUUGUCGUAACUGCCCAAACCCAAUAGAACAAUGUGACAGAAGACACUGUAUUCCUGCUGAUGGCUAUGAGAAGUCUGUAGUUGUCGUCAACCAUAUGAUGCCGGGGCCUUCGAUUCAAGUUUGUGAGGAUGACACAAUUGUAGUUGAUGUGAAAAAUGGAAUGCCAGGAACAUCGAUCACAAUCCACUGGCAUGGCCUGACCCAAACUGGCACACCUCACAUGGAUGGUGUUCCAAUGAUCACACAGUGUCCCAUAUUGGAGCACCAAGUUUUUCGUUACACUUUUAAACCGGACAAUCCUGGACUAUUUUUCUGGCAUUCACAUUCUGGAUUACAGAAGCUAGAUGGAUUCGAAGGCAGUCUAAUAGUGCGUCAACCAGAUAACCAACAAAGCAACAGAGAUUUAUAUGAUUAUGAUCUGCCUUCUCAUAUUAUCUUCAUACAAGAUUGGCUCCAUGUGACUGCUGAUGAAUUCUAUCAAGGGUUGAAAAGUCGAACUUUCGAUCAAAUGCCUGUCACCUAUUUGAUCAAUGGAAGAGGUCGAUCAAAGAAUUCUGACGGCAGUGAUUUUAGUAAAACACCUUUCACAGUUUACAAGAUCAGAAAGGAUUUUAGUUAUCUGUUGCACAUAAUAUCUGGCACUUGCCUAAUUUGUCCUGUCAGAAUCCAAGUGGAGAGUCACCUGAUGACAAUAGUUGGUACUGAUGGAAGAGAUGCUCAACCGAGGACGGUCGGAUCUGUGACACUGGCAGCUGGAGAACGUUUACGAGUAAUAAUAAAUGGCAAAAGGAAUCCACAGAAGUACUACUACUGGAUACAUGCUUCGCCUAUGGGGAUCUGUGAGAACCUGCGUGAUGGUAACGCAGUGGGAGAAGCUCUGCUUGUUUACACGGAUGGCCCAAAUGCUCCGACUGGCAACAUAGAUUUCGAGACUUUGUCCAGGAAGAAAGCGUUACCUCCACCCAAGACAACAUUUGGAGAUCCAAGUGUACCAUGCACAGGACAAAGAGACGCCAACGGAGUAGUGGACUUGUGCUACAAGGAUUUGAGAGGUGAUCAGUUGGCGCCAUUAGGCAUCUUGGAACCGCCUGAUGAGUUCAAAACUCAAGUAAUCAUCGGUCUUGGAGAUUACAGAUACAACUUCAACAUCGACGAAGCUUAUCCUUUAGACGGCACCAUCAAAAUGGCAUUCAAUGCGAUUGGUACAUUCCCUAUGACUAACACAGUGAACGGUAUUGCGUUCCUAAUGCCUCCAGCUCCUCUGCUUACCCAGUAUGAAGAUGUGCCUGAAUGCCUGUUUUGUUCAUCGAACAAUCCAUUUAGAAGAUGGAAAGAAAUCGAAUACUGUCUACAUAUCUUUCGAGUGGAAUACCCAUCUGUUGUUGAGCUCAUCCUGGUUGAUAUAGAGGAGCCUGAUCACUCAACACAGAGGAAAAACAGAGUAUCCCACCCAUGGCACCUUCAUGGCUACGAUCAAUACUUGGUUGACCAAGGAUUGUUCGAAACUGAGGAUUACGGCAAAGAGCUUCAGAAUCUUCUUGACAAGCUGGAGAGAAGAGAAAUAACUGCUCCCGAUUACCCAAUACUCAAAGAUACUUGGCUGGUCCCUUCUGGUGGCUAUGUAGUUGUUAGAAUAAUAGCCAACAAUCCAGGUUUCUGGUUCAUGCAUUGUCAUAUCGCUCUGCACCAUGAGAGAGGAAUGAGCGCCGUAUUGAAAGUUGGAACAACGAGAGACCAUCCUCCACCCCCGGAUUACUUCCCGAAAUGUUCCAACUACCUUGAAACUCCAGACCUCGGCGACUGAUUUUAAGUUCCAGUUGCAUUAGGCUUGAACAGUUUUAAUACAGACUUUCUUGUAGGAGUUGCUAUGAAAUCAACUUUUUAAUUAUACUAUUAAUAUAAUCAAAUUAUAAUAAUCAAUGCUAUUGUGGGGGUUUAUACCAGUCUCCUGUCGGUGACGGCACUUAUCUGAGGGUUAAUUCCUGUUUUGGGAAGUACCCUUGUCACACGAAAUAGGGAAAAAUGUCUAGAGUAUACUAGAUUAUUUUCCUGACAAUUAAUCAAAGGAUUAAUUGUACUAUUUUUUCUCAAGAUCAAGUAACUCGAUGAUGGGUUACUAUUAGCCUCUGAAAUGGAUAUGAUAUUAGCAAAUAAAUAAGCUAUAAGCAAGGUCGAACACAGGGUCACUAAGGAACAACAUGUGAUGACAAGUUGCAUUUAUUAAAUUUACUAAAUCAUAUAAGAAUAUUGCUGGUUCAAUAAGUAAUAAAUGAAUUUGAUAAUGGAGGGUUAAGCCCAUAAACAAUAUAAUUUGAAUUUUUAAAAGUUCUUUCAAGUUUAUAAUUUUAUUAAGGAUGAGCAUGUAGUGCUUUCACCCAAGGGUUGCCCGACUCAAGUUUGGACAGUGUAACGUCAGAAUUUUUACAAUCGAUAUACCAGUUUGUCUAUGAAAAAUUGAGUCGAAGAGAUUUUGAAAUAAUGAUAUUAUAAAAUCACUCACAUAAUAUGGGCCCAUAAUAUACGCGCACUCACUCAUGAAGAUUUGUUCACUGCAUGGCUGGCAUCUUUCGUCAGGCUGCAUGGCAUCAUAUUAGGCUUCAUUAUUUGGCUCGCGAUUUCAAUAAUUGAUAACUCCUUUUUAACUGAGACUUGGCAAUCAAAUUAAAUUCUAACGUUACGGGAACUCUACAUUAAUUGAAUUCAGCACUCUUACAUAAAUUUAACAAAGAAACAUUUAAAACGACAAAAAAAUACAAAAAGGAGUUACAAACGACUCUCCAUUAGCGUGCUCAGUUAAUCUCUCCCUUUCUUCUUCCUUCUUCUCAGAAAUUGAGAAGCAAGGCUUGUGGAAGAAAAGGUCACAUGACCAGUUAAUGACCAAUCACUGGUCAGAAAAACAAAUCUACCAAUAGGAUGGCUACAAUGAAGAAAAUGAGCUCAGGUGUGCCAUAUAGAAUAAAUAAAUAAUUUUACAAAUAAAAACGAGAAAACAAGCAAAAACAAAUAUACGGGAAUAAUGAGCAGAUUUUUCAGCAGGUCAGAGUCUACAAUAAACAAUAUAAUAAAAUUGAAAAUCAAAGCAAGCAGUCAACAAUCAGAAACAGACACGCCGGUUAUCAGCUGACUGAUAAGGUAGCCGGCUCAGUUUGCAUCGAGAAACUAACCCUUAUUGUAAACAAACAUUCAUUAUGCUGUUAUAGGUUAUUCGAAAACCAUUUACAACUGUUUGUGAAUCUGGAUCUUAAUAAAUGAAUAUAUCAUA